ACCGGCUCGGCCCGGCUCCGGAGCGCAGCGCCGUGCGCGCCCCUCCCUCCGCCGCCGCCGCAGCCCGGCGCCCGCACCCAGCCCCGCCGCCGCCGGGCGCACGGACGCAGCGCGCCGCCCGCACGCCCGGAGGGAUGCGCGCCCCGGCCCCGGCCCGCCCCCCGCCGCGCGCGCGUCUGACCGCGGCGCCCGCUCCGCUCCCCGCGCCCCUCCCGCCGCGAUGCCCGCGCCCCGCGGCCCCGGCCCGCGCCCCUGCUAGGCGGCGGCAUGGCCCGCGGCGCGGCCUCUGCGGACUGUGUGGCGCGGCGGGGCAUGCCCAGGGCGCCGGGCGCGGCCUUCAAUGGGCGAGGACGCGGACGCGCGGAAGAUUAACCACGGCUUCCUGCGGGACCACGGCUACGUGACCGAAGCCGACGUCAUCUCCACCGUCGAGUUCAACCACACGGGAGAGCUGCUGGCCACCGGCGACAAGGGCGGCCGGGUGGUCGUCUUCCAGCGGGAGCCGGAGAGUAAGAAUGCGCCGCACAGCCAGGGCGAGUACGACGUCUACAGCACCUUCCAGAGCCACGAGCCGGAGUUCGACUAUCUCAAGAGCCUGGAGAUAGAGGAGAAAAUCAACAAGAUCAAAUGGCUGCCCCAGCAGAAUGCCGCCCACUCCCUGCUGUCCACCAACGACAAAACCAUCAAACUGUGGAAGAUCACCGAGCGCGAUAAGAGGCCGGAGGGCUACAACCUGAAGGACGAGGAGGGGAAGCUCAAGGACCUGAGCACAGUGACAUCCCUGCAGGUGCCCGUGCUGAAGCCCAUGGACCUGAUGGUGGAGGUGAGCCCGCGGAGGGUCUUUGCCAACGGCCACACCUACCAUAUCAACUCCAUCUCCGUCAACAGCGACUGCGAGACCUACAUGUCGGCCGACGACCUGCGCAUCAACCUCUGGCACCUGGCCAUCACCGACCGCAGCUUCAACAUCGUGGACAUCAAGCCGGCCAACAUGGAGGACCUCACGGAGGUGAUCACGGCAUCUGAGUUUCACCCGCACCACUGCAACCUGUUCGUCUACAGCAGCAGCAAGGGCUCCCUGCGCCUGUGCGACAUGCGGGCGGCCGCCCUGUGCGACAAGCACUCCAAGCUCUUCGAGGAGCCCGAGGACCCCAGCAACCGCUCCUUCUUCUCGGAAAUCAUCUCCUCUGUGUCCGACGUCAAGUUCAGCCAUAGUGGCCGCUACAUGCUCACCCGGGACUAUCUCACAGUCAAGGUCUGGGACCUGAACAUGGAGGCCAGGCCCAUCGAGACCUACCAGGUGCACGACUACCUGCGGAGCAAGCUGUGCUCCCUGUACGAGAACGAUUGCAUCUUCGACAAGUUUGAGUGCGCCUGGAACGGGAGCGACAGCGUCAUCAUGACCGGGGCCUACAACAACUUCUUCCGCAUGUUCGACCGCAACACCAAGCGCGACGUGACGCUGGAGGCCUCGCGGGAGAGCAGCAAGCCGCGGGCCGUGCUCAAGCCGCGGCGCGUGUGCGUGGGCGGCAAGCGGCGGCGCGACGACAUCAGCGUGGACAGCCUGGACUUCACCCGCAAGAUCCUGCACACGGCCUGGCACCCUGCCGAGAACAUCAUCGCCAUCGCCGCCACCAACAACCUGUACAUCUUCCAGGACAAGGUCAACUCCGAGAUGCACUAGGCGUGUGCCCGGCCGGCAGAGAACUGGGGUGGUGGGCGCCCACAGGGGCCGGGCCCAGGGUCCUUCCGAA